UGAACCUUUGCAACAAUGGACCAUGGGAUGUCUUCACAUGUAGACCUACUGUGUGCCUACAAGUCACAGCCACCGGUAGCACAUCGCUUGACAUCCACACCCAAAAAGGGGCGCUUUGAAUGACUGACUGAACACACAUUCGAUUGCGCCCCACACAUGAGAAACUCACCAAGACGGACAGUUAAAGACACAGUACCCACCUACAACCGACCCACCACUUCCUGUCCACGCGAAAACACACCAUCCACAGGAUCAAGAGACACUAAGACUCUUACUAAGACGUGCCAAAGCAAAGACAAGGGCAAAGAUAUGGAUAAAGCCAGACAGGAGUACCACCUCCACGGAUGAUCCAUCCACGGCCAUCCAUGGCAUCAGUCCAGCGUGAUGCCUUCUGGAGGAUCAAACUUGCUGCCCAGCUCUGAGAGCUUCUUGUGUGCGGCGGAAUAGUCAGCGAAGAAGGCCUCUUGGCUGUCGGCGUACUUCAGCGCAUACGGUCGGAAGGCCUCAUCAGCGAACAGACACGUGUCUGUCUGGAGCUUGAGCAGCUCCGGGUCGUCAUCAGCAUUCACUGAAGGGGAUAGGGGAAGACACAUCCACAGAGAGAGAGGAAGAGAAAGAGAGAGAUCACAUCGACCCACUUGCAUCCAUCUCCCUUCCUGCCCUACCUGCUGUGAAGUAAGAGUUGUCGAAGAGCAGCCACCGCGGUGUCCACGACAUGCCACCCUCCUUCCCGUAGUAGCCCUUGCCGUCUUGUCGCAAGUCUGUGUGCUCGCCAGUGGUGUAGUUGGUCCCUUCCUCGCCCCUGCCAAAGCCAGAUCUGUUUUUCCACGCCCGCCCGACGGUGUGAGCACCGCUGAGCGCCACAAUCUCUUGGUCAUCAAGGCCCAUCCGAUAAAAGACGUUCCUCAGGUGCUGGGCGGGUGUUUCGGCGCCAUCGCCAAACGGCGCUGCGCCGUCGGGAAGGUUGCCCUGCACGAACACACAGACGAUCGGGCGGAAAAUGAUGUGUGUGUGUUCUUGUUCCUCACCUCUUUGGGGCAGUCUUCAGGGCUGUCGACGUCUACUCUACCGUAUUGCAUCGCAAUCUUCGGGCCGCCAGCCAUCUCUAUCGCCACAGCAGAGGCCAUCUGCAGAAUGUCUGAGCAACAACACAAACAUGACUGCGACGGUAGCGACCGAAAAGGGAAACGAGGAUGUCCACUUGUGUUCGUGAUACACACACGUGGUGUGCGUGCUUCCGUACACACCAGCCCAGCUGACGGAUUGGAAUCUGUCCUUAAUUGGCUGCAGCAGCUUGAUGGCGUUGUCGAGGCCAGCGUUGGCCGCAUGGGAGGUCUCCUCCGGGAAACGAAUGCUGCCAUUCGCACCUGCACACACCCACCAAUACACUCGCGCUCAUGCAGCCAGGACACGCAGAUUCAUUGUGUCUGUGGGUACCUCCUUUCUUCGGCCAUUCGCCCUCCUUUUUGGCGUCGUAGGUGCCUGCGUCAUGCCACGCCGCCCGGAUGAGAAUGCCAAAAGCAGCGGUCUCGUCAAUGAGGUCCUGCAAGGAAGCAAAGAUGCAUUCAUCACUUGAACACGCAGCACUCACUGACCUACCCUCAAAGCGUCGCGGCACUUGAGCAGCUCCUCUUUCCUCACUGCCAACUCAUCGCCUUCCCCGUCCUUGACAGCCACCGCCUGACUGCCCUUGCUCUCUUCCUCCGCCCGCAACACCAGCAAGGCACCACUAUCAGCCCUACUCAAUGAAAAAGACAGCGGGCUGGCCGGCGAUGGAUGCAAUCGUUGCGCCGAGCGUCGUAGCGAUGAGGGACCGUUGUGUGUAAUACGCUGGAGAGAGAAAGCGGACACGCAGGCCAUGCAGUGAGCUCCGACGAGGAGGAGCCAAAGUCGAUGCAUUUCGCAAAGAAGCGAUAGAUCCGUCCUGUGGACACCCUCGUGUGGCCUAAAGGGCCUUAAAAGUCCGGAGGAGAAAACUUCUUCCUUCGCGAGCUUCCAAGCUCGCGCUUGGGAAAGGGGCGUCGGACGAAGAUCUGGCGUUGUGCAGCUAUAGAGUAGCUUGAGCCAUCGCCAGAGCGCCUUUUCAACCCGUAAGAGUCGUGAAAUUCGAUUGGCAGAAAAAGCAGGAUGAUCCGCCUGGAGUGCACACAGGCGGCAGAUCAGUAG